AUCACGUCCCUGACGGAGCGAAAGGAGCACAUGCUAGCUGCCGUAGUUUUGAUAUGUAAAAAUAACCUGCAGCGAUCCUUUGGGGUUUUGAUGAUUCAACUGUUGAAGAGUCGGAAGAAUGGCAGCGACAGUGGCAGUGCCCGUCACACCCACAGAGUCCGACCCUGACCGAUUUGUGAGUGAGGAGGACAGCCGAGGGAACGAGGCUGAAGAGGAGGGUGGUCAGCAUAUGGGCCCCGCUGCAGGUGUCACACACAGCCGUCUGUCCAAACUCCCUCUGACCCGCAUCAAGGCGCUGAUGAAAGCCGAUCCAGACGUGUCACUCGCCAGCCAGGAGUCUGUCUUCAUAAUCGCCAAAGCGACGGAGCUGUUUGUUGAGAUGAUUGCCAAGGAUGCCCUAGUGUAUGCCCAACAAGGCAAGAGAAAAACUUUGCAAAGGAAGGAUUUGGACAAUGCAAUAGAGGCCAUAGAUGAGUUUGCUUUCCUAGAAGGCACACUCGAUUAAAUGUCAUAAAGAGAGGAGAGACAUUGAUAUUUGGAUCCAUCAGAAACCUUUUCUAUUACAAUGUUGUGAUUCAUUGUGGGAAAACUUUCUGCUAACUUUUUAUGUCAAAUUCUUGAACUGGACAUUUGUAAGUGCUUCUUUUGUAUACUGUGCCAUUAAGUUUUUUCAUACUCAACUGUUGAUAUAUCAGUGGUUUGUCUUCUACUUGUGUGUGUGCGUGUGUGUAUAUAUUUGUGAAAUACUGCAUUUGUGAAAUAAAUUUGAUCUUGA